AUGCUUCAUGAAAUCCUCCUGUCCUUAUCAGGCAUCCAAUCGCCGGUCUGGGAUCAAGUACGGAACUCCGAAGGCCCGGAAGGACAGAAUAUAAACAGCUAUGUCUCUCCACCAGAACGUGCCAUGCUGCAGACACUGGCUCAUCUGCAAGAUCUACAUGUUUCGAUAAGGGAAACAACGGCGAGGAUAGUUGUCUCACAUCAGUCGAUGGUCUGCCGUGCAUUGGCUGCAUCGAUAUCCAAUGUUCACCUUGGCAGGUUUAUGAACAAGAUCAUAGAGGUGGAGUCGUCAAUAUUGAAAAAGGAUGCUACUUAUGUCGGCGGUCAUGGCAUUGUUCCCUUGAGCACACUCGUUGGCGAGUUCUCUCCCUGGUCCAGGCGUCUGGAGUGGCUUGCUUCCAUCGCAAAACAUCUUGAGCAAGGUGAUCGCCCCGACCAGAAACCGUCAGGAGCCACAGCGCUGAAUCUACUGCGGCAUGAGAUCCAUACAGGCUAUGCUGAUAUUUCUGAAAUGGCAACUGCUCUCCUUGCCCUCGGAGAGAGAACGUGGAUGCGUGCCGCUGCCGUCUGGAUCCUAUACGGAAAGCUUCCUCCCUUGGGUGCCCAUGACUUUUGUAUCAAUCGAAAUCCGAAUUUCACAACUCCCAUGGACAUGUUUAUGAUUGAGAAGACGUUGCUGCCGGAAGUUGUCAAUACUCGGGCAGCACAUGCACUGCUAUCAAUCGGCAGUGCUCUGAAUCAACUGCAAACACAAGCACUGUCGACAUCCUCACCUUCCGGACGAAAUCUCGACCUAUCUACCUCGCUUCUUUCUGAUCAUUUGAAAUUGCUCGAGUCUCUCUCUUACCCUCUCAAUCCGUCCCUCCUGGAAAGUGUCUUGACUGCCAUCAAUCAAUCCAUAUCUGAGAAUGCGUUAUCUCAGAUUCUUCCCGUGACCUUGGUGAUGCGUUUGCUCCAAGUCAUACUACGGUAUGUGCUGUUGGAUCGUGGGGAGUUUGCUAUCUCAAUGAUCACACAUGCCAAUGAGCGUGUGAUGAAUCGCCAGCAGACCCAGACAAGUGUUCGGCCUAUCAGAAAAGUGGGGCGUUUAGAUGAUUUGGCUAUCAAAGAAGUCGAGCUAAGUGGAAUAGUCAGCAGGUCCUUUGCCGAACUGGCAGUGUCACGAGGGGACGAAGAGGUUGACGACGAUGUCUUCGACCUCGCAAAGUCAUCUCUAUCUCUGAAAAGCUGCGACUCGAGGGCAAAUAUCUUAUCCACUCUGCUGCCCACACCAACACUCCUCCGCCUGACGAUCCCUUCGUCUUCGCCUCUCCAUAUAUUUUUGUCACCACAGGACAUUAAUGACUAUUCAAUACUAAAUGCGUAUCUACUAGCCAUUCACAGAGCUGGACUUCAGCUUUCGUCAUUGUGGAAGCUCUCAACUCAGCGUCGAUGCCAUCCCACCCCUUUAGGACCACCAGCUAGUGCCUCGGAGUUUGGCAAGGCGACACUGGCAUCACGAAGGGCAAGAGAGGAUUGGAGAAAUCGAAGAACAAGGCGCCAUUGGAUCACAGCGAGCAAGACAAUGUUUAUGACGAACGAAUUGAAGGUGUACCUUCAAGGCGAAGUGAUACAAAGUAGCUGGCAAUACUUUCGCACUUGGAUCACUAGCAGUGGAACAGAAACUUUAGCAUCUGCGAAAUCAUCAAGACCGGGAACGGCAUCCUCAGCCGCAGAAGCAAAGACACCCAAUCUGCGAACUAGUACGGGCACGGGUCCAAAUAAAUUCGGAACCCCGAGCGAUCCUCGAGCUUUGGCCGAUGCACACCGAGCAUACUUAGAGGCAUUGAAAGCUGCCUUGUUUCUGGCCAAUACAGAAUUCGUUGAAAUACUGAAGGAGCUCUUAUCACAAAUCGAUCAUUUUGUGGCCCUGUUCUCCCGUCUUCAGACUGUGUGGGAAGGCUUGGAUCUUCAAGAGGAUGAAGGGGUGAUGGAUGCCUUUUCCAAUUUUGCUCAGGAUGAGAAGGAGGUUCUUGCUGAAAUGGAUCGCACAAGUGGAGCGAUGGAAGGUGCCUUGGUGGAGGUUGUCGACAAGCUCCGUGACGUUGAGAGAGAUAACAAGGUCGGCCCUGGCGUCACCGGCGUCAUAGAGACUUUGUCUGGUGUCGAGCUCAAUGGGAAGAAAUUUGUACCGUGGCGAGCGAGGACGGUAGACCGAUUGAUUAUGAAGUUGGACGGCCUGACUGGAAAGCAAGAAGACGACAGAGACAGUCUGGGAAUUGCAAGUGCAUACGAGAACGAAUGA